AUGCAGGCGACGAAGCCCCUCUUCUAUAAGGGCUUCAUCGCCCGAAGCCUCGACGAGUUCAAGAGGCUUUCUCAUAUUGCCUUCACCCUCGAAGGGAUCAAGGGCGCCAAAGGCCACUACGAACUCCACAACUUCCAGAGCCCAACAGCGAUACAGGACUGCAAAAUCAUGUCCGAUGUUGGAAUUGGCGGCUUCUCAAACGCGAACCUUGACUGGGUGACCUCGCCCCCACCUUCGUCCCCCGAAAAACCCCCUUCCCCGAACUCACCCGGCUACGCCCGCUUCCACGGGACCAUCUCGACGAAACUACCCAAAGACCGACCAGAGGUCAAGCGGACGGGGUACGCGGCAUUCAGAACACGCGACCGGCCGCCCACGAUAUUCGGGCGCAGUCUCUUCAAUAUCGACCCUUACGUCUACCUCGCCCUGCGCGUCAAGUCCGACGGCCGCAGCUACUUCAUCAACGUCCAGACCGAAUCAGUCAUACCCACAGAUCUACACCAACACCGGUUAUUCGUGAAGAAGCCCGGGGAAUGGGAGACGGUGUUUGUAAAAUGGAACGAUUUUGUACGGACUAACCACGGUUUCGUGGUCGAGCCGCAGACCGAAAUCAUGCGGCAAAAGGUCCGGUCGAUCGGUAUCGGCCUGACAGACAGGAUACCGGGGCCGUUUGAGCUAUGUAUUGAGAGGAUGUGGGCAACGAAUGAUGAACGUGAUGCGGAUAACAUUGUGGACUUGAUGAGCUCGAAGGCGGCGGGUCUCGAUGCCCCGCCGAAGGAAGGCAUGCUGAAGACAAAACAAGGGCAAAAUGUCGGUUGGGAGGAUAAGUGA